UUGGACCCGCCGGAGCUGGCUGGAGAAGCGAAAGGACGCGAAAUUCUGAACGCAAAGAUGUUUCUUUUAUUAUAAAGUGUAGCGGAGAAAAGGACCCCGAAAUAACCACCAGUGAUAGAAAUUAGUAUCAGUUGAGCCCUCUCACACUUCACUCUAGCCUCAGUUCUAGCGGAGUAGGCUAGACAGGUAUUAUUGCUAUUUUACAGAUGAGGAAGUUGAGAUUUGGCCACUAAAAAGCUGUAGAGGCAGAGUUUCAGCAGAUUCAUUGGAGAAACACUGGAAUGAGCCGGCGUUAGUGGAGCGGAGGGGAGAGAAGAAAGUUGAGAUGGUGAGCUGGGGUAUUUUUACGGGCUGACGGUAGAACCUCGGAGGACCUGAAAAAUUGACAAGAAUUGAUAGUAUUAGCAAUUUGUAAUGGCGUUAUACCUGCCGCUGGCUGAAACAAAAUUUGUUGUUUCUUACAGUCUCUCCAGUUAUUUUAAGGCGAUAAGCUUAUUUUUUAUAGGCGUAGAGGAACUUUAGUGUGUUCGUGCUGCCAGUCACUCGGCUCUUUGGGAGAGGCAGAAUCAAGUAGUACAGAUCUUCCUCCACUUACCGUAGGGUUAUGUCCAGAUAAAGCCAUGUAAGUGGAAAAUACAUUACUACACCUAACCUGGGAACAUCAUGGCUUAGCCCAACCUACCUUAAACUUGCUCAGAACACUUACAUUAGCCAACAGUUGGGCAAAGUCAUCUAACACAAAGCCUAUUUUUAUUAUAAAGUGUUGACCAUCUUGUGUAAUUUACUGAAUAUUGUACUGAAAGUGAAGAGCAGAAUAGUUGUAUGGGUACAGAAUGGUUGUAAGUGUACCGGUUGUUCACCAGGUGGCUAACUGGGAGCUGUGGUUGCUACCACUGUACAGCAUGAAGAGAGAGUAUCGUACUGCAUGUACAUAGCCCCGGGAAAAGAUCAAAAUUCAGAAUUCGAAGUACGUUUUCUACUGAAUGUAUAUCGCUUUCAAGCCAUUGAAAAGUUGAAAGGGGAACUGUUAUACGUGCAGGACCCUCUGUAGUUAAAAGCAGGAACUAACUUCAAACUACCCAGGCUCAAAUUCUGACUCUGCCCUUUACUUGUUCUGUGACCUUGGCCAAUGUAGCCUAUAUGCUUCACUUUACUCAUCUGCAAAAUAGCAAUGAUAAAUCUAUUAUGAGAGAUAAAAAUGAGUUAGUACAUGUAAAAUGCUUAGAACAAUGCCUGGCUUGGAGUCAGGCACUAGUUCAGUGUUCACAUAUUAUUUUGUUUCAUUUGCUUCAGAGUGAUAGGCAAUGUAACUCCCACGCAGGCCGCAUCUCACUUCAAUUUCACAUGCUAAAUACUAUCAAUAUUUGAGAAUGUGGAGACUAUUUUAAUCGGGCUAGUUGCAGGAAAAGGUCACUUUGUAGAGGUGCCAUUUGAGUUAAGUAAAUCCUUCAUGAUGAGAAGGAUCAGCCAGAAUAUCAUCUGCAGGAGAGGAAAAGUCUUUCAUGCAGAAGGAGCCACGUGAGCCAAGACUGAGGUUGGAUGAGCCUGACAUGGUCCGGAGACAGGAGUCGUGAAGAAGGAGGGAAGUGGACAGACCCUAUAUCCACAUGCUCAAGACAGCCGAUUGAUUUUCAAAAGGACAAGGGGAUUACAAGCAUUCUGCAGGGAUACACUGGCUCAUUUGAAGCUUUAACCUUCAAGGUUUCAAAGGAAGGAGCCGAGAUGCACGUAAGUAGAAGUCAUCAAGCAGCUGAAGAACUCCGUGGCCAGCACUGCCGGGGCGCUGCAGCCCGGGCGCCUCUCGCUGCACCGGGAGCCUUGGGGCUUCUCCCACGAGCAGGGGGUGUGACCGGCGCCGCGCGGACACUGGCAGGAGGGCAUGGAGCUGUUCGGGCACCGAGCUGGGUCUCGGCAUCGAUUCUCUGGCCGCCCGGGUUCGAGGGCCAGGCUCGGCUGCCUCGCUGGCAGGUCCGUUUGGAGGUGGGAGGGGUUGGCAAAGGGGCGAGUUUCUCCGCUCCUCCGGGAGGCUAGGGGUUCGCGGCGCGCGGGGAUGUCAGGGACGGCGGGUGUCUGGGGUCUGGGCUGGUGCUGUGCUCUUAGGGAGGGACCCUAAGCUUUUCCGGGGCGGGGAAAGAUGCAGAAAAGAGAGAAGUUUAGCUUUUGGAGCCAGAAUGGCUUUGAGACCCUGCAAGCUCUUCUUCCAGUCCAACUGCAAUUUAUCUUGUACCCAAGGGGUACAACACUAAAUUAUUCAGAUAAUUCAGUUAUCUGAAUUGGAAGUCCAGCCGCUUCCAAACAAAAUCGAAUGUCAUCCUAACCUUUGGGACAGGAGGCAGGAAGAAACAGGGCGCACUCGAAGUAUUCCAAACACUGCUUUAAGUAUCUUUGUUCUUCGGAGAUGCUAAAUGGGAUUCAACUGGCGGUGCCAAGGAGCGAGGACUCAGGGGCCCAUUUUUUUAUGGGGAAGCUCCUCUUCCCCUUGAUCCCUACUCCUAUUCUAGACGCCAACCCCGUAGGAGCCUGCGGAUUGCCGCGGCGGUAGGUUUAGAUUCUGAAACAGCAGGAGGGUGAGCGUUAGAGUGGGAGCCAUUGGGAGAGUCCUUGGAGUUGCCAUGGAGGGCUGGAGAAAGGAGGCAGUUUAGGCAUUGUAGGGCAACGGGAAAAGGACAGGAAGAAUGUAGGCUGUCCUACGUGAUUCGAACAUCUUCGGGAAGAUUGACGGGCACGAGUAAACUGCUCACCAGUGUGCCCUAAGUACGCUCGGGGCAAUGUUAGUCUGGGAAAUAACUUCAUCUUCCAGAUGCUUUUUCCUCGGUUUAUGCCGUCUCAAGUUCUGGAGCCGAGCUGCUGCUCUGGGCUGGGGUGUGGAGGACCGCGGAUGCAGUUACAAGCCGGGUAACCGGGCUGGAAACACCAGAGAUGGACGUUUUCUGCGACGCAGUGCCACGGGUGUCCAGAGGUUUAAAUCACCCCUGACUCUUCUAGACAGGAGACUAUAGAGAACUCAGGGUGAGUAGUUUGCUGCCAUCCCAGUAUUAAGCCAAUCUCUUUGCUGGUUCUACUGACUGAGUUUCCUACGAAAAGAGUGGUUGCCUUUCUCUCUUGUGGCCAGUGCCAUUUUAUAACCUCCUCAGAAUCUAAUUCAUUAACUACUAAGUUCCCAUUUAUCCAGGCAAAAAUGAAUAUUUAUUCCUAUUACCCAAUCUCUGCCUGGAACUUGGCCCUAAAAUCUGGGAAUUAAGGACUCUCACAAGUUCUCUCAGAACUUGCUGCUGUUGACCUCCUGCUUUGCCCUUGCUUUGUUAGAGAUCUUGCUUUUGAAACUUUGACAUCUCUACAUGAGCUGCCCUGUUCCAUUCAUUUAUUCAAUCCUCAUUUUUAAGAACCCAACAUAGAUCGAUCUCUCACAUUAGAACUACUUUUGAACUCAAAUUUUGCGCUACCUGUAUGCGUUUUUAAUCUAGCCCUCUGACACCCACAAUGGCCUAGGUGCCAGGCUUGUACACAUUGGCUGCUCUAUCCACCACACCCUGGUGCUGACAAUCACUCCAUCAAGUCUGUUUUUGAAGACAGUGUACAUAUGAACUAGGCAUUAAAACAUUUUGAAAAGUCAGGAACAUUUAAGAUAACUGCUCAUUAUAUAAGUGUAACUUGAUUAUAGAAAAUUGCUGUGUUUUAUUUUCAAUAUAAGGUUUUUAGUGACUCUUCAGCAACGUUAGAAACUGAGUUGAAUUUCUUACAUUAUAUGGAAAUGGGCCAUAAUUCGAUUGUUACAUAAUAUUAGUAUUCUGUUUCAACUGUUCUUAUUUCAUUGUUGUUUCUAAAUUUCAGCUGUUUAAAAAGACUUCAAAUCUUAUUAGGAUAAUCUUGAUUGUUUCACUGAUUUCCAAACUUGUAAGUGCAAUGAAUCUGCAGUUCUACUUGGAAAGAUAAUCAUUUUAAGUUGAAUGAGAAUGACAUCACAAUCAUACCUGUGAAAUCUAAAAUGUCUAAUAAAGUAGAUUCCUAUGUCUGAACUUCAAUUUUAAGGCACAGCUGUGGAUGCAGGACUGAUGCCAUCUGGUGCGAGUCCACAGAAUAAGAGAGAAAAUUUACCUAGGGUGUGCCAUGCACUGGCUUUUCUGGGAAUGACAAGGUGCCAGGAUUUGUUUUUGGUUCACUUGCAGGGGUGGAAACUUGGAACUAGGUUCCAAGAUGGUUGUUACAGUUCCCUUCAAGAAGAUGGAGGGAACCCAAAGGGAAAACAGAGCAUGCCAGUUUGAGUCCACUUCCGUUUAAAGAGCUUUCGGCAGCCCAGCAACUUUUGCUUACAUCUCAUUGGCCAGACUAUGUCAUUGGCUCCUGCUAUGUCUUAAGAUUGGCUGAGAAAGGUAGUUUUUGUAGCUGGACAUACAACUGCCUUCAACAAAAAUCUGAGUUCUCUCGAUAAGGAAGAAGAUAAUGGUGGAUCUUGGGUGAACAACUUGUAGUCUGUGCCCUGGAUACAAAAUACAGUAGUAAAGAAGCAUGAUGCUUGAAACAUAUCAAAACUGUAGCUCCUUCACAACUGGCAACUCCAAGCAACACUGCUGUACUCUGAGAGAGUGAGUAGAGUGAAGACGUGUUAGGUUUUCUCAUGAAACACUUACCAGGACUGCCCUUCUCUCUCAGCCCUUGCCCCUAUCAGGCUUUUCUAGAGGAAGAUGCUGGGAAGCUGCACACUGUCUUGGAGGACAUAAUCUCUUCAUGGAGGUUUGAAAUGGGAUGAGGAAUGUUCUACCUUGCUACUUCCACAUCAGCUUCAUUUAUCUCUUCUCUGAUUUUCCUCACAAAUUUUUGGUGGAAUCUAGUUGUGUAUUUGAUCCCCAUAAAAGGAUCAUUUCUUUCAUGCACUGGGGAGGGUAAUCUAUGUGAAGAAAGGCUACUUUACUCCCUUCUGUGACUCCACCACCAAUCUAGGAAUAUCCUGGAAGAAUUGCUUCUCAGAGCUGCUUCCAUAAGCAGCCUACAUCCUGGCUAAGCAAAGGGAGAAGAAACACUUCCCACAUCCAGGGCUGUCCAAAAGAACUUUCUGUGAUGACAGAAAUGUUCUAUAUUUGAACUGUCUUAUAUGGUAGCCACUAGCCACAUGUGGUUGGCAAACACUUGAAAUGUGGCUACUGUGAUUGAGGAGGUAAAUUUUAAUUUUAUUUACUUUUAAAUAAUUUAAAUGUAAAUAGCCACAUGUGGCCAGUGUCUAUUGUGCUGUAGAGCAUAGUACCUACCUUUCUCUUUCCUGCGUUUUAGAACUUGCUGGGUGUGUGUAUGGGGAAGGGGGUGGUUAGAGCCACUACGUAAGUCACAUGCUUGGUGUUCCAUGGUCUUCACUGUUCCACCUUGCCAUUGAACUUGUCUCUCAGAGGCAAAGGAAACAUGGUAUUUUGGAACUAAAUUCAAGAUGUUAACUUGACAUUUACACAUUGAACGUAUGUAUAAGUGGAAUGGUCUCCUGGGAACAGAUCCUGUGAUUGAUUUUAGUAAUAAAUGAUGAUGGGAAAGGGGUAGUGCUGGUCAUUUAACAUUCCUAGUGAACAUUAUGUGUUCCUAGUCAAAGUCAGCAGAGAUUAUUUUAUUCUGUUGUGUAAUUCAUUCUGUGUUACUUUAUUUUUUUAAUAUUGUGGUUGCUAAAUGAUACUUCAUGUCUGUUUUUCAAAAUACUUCGUGGUUUAUACUUUUAAAAGGCUGUGAAAUAAAAAAAUAAUUAUAUGUAACUCA